UUGAAAAUGCCUGGUUUCUCCCCCAAAUCCAAAACUAACUACCAUGUUCGAUCCAUUAGCUCGCAGGCUCGAUCACACCCAACUGCACUUCGAAUCGAACAACAGCUCAACAAACUCAAGAUAUGGAAAUCAUCAUCCUCUUCAUCAAAUACAGAGACGAUUCGCAUUGGCUUAAUUGGCCUUGGAGAUCUGUACAUAUGCAUUGAACAACUUCUUGCUCUGCCACUCACCCAACAAGCUCAAAAAAGCCAAAAACGGGUGAUCAAAUUGUUAGAAGAGUCCGUUAAAUACAUAGAUAUAUGCAGCAACACAAGGGAUUCAAUUUUGGAAAUGAAGUCAAAUCUUCAAACCCUUCAAUCCGCUCUUCGGAGAAGAAAAAUCGGUAUUGCUAUCAACGAUUACAAGUGCUCUAGUAAGAAGAUGAAGAAGGAAGUUUUGAAAUCACUCGCGGAAUUGAAGAAAUUCGAUAGCAAAUUAUAGGUCUCUAAUCUAUCAGAUUCAGAUGAGAACAUGUUUGCAGUGGUUAGAGAAGCGAGUUUGAUCAUGAUUUCGAUCUUUG